AUGGACAAUACUAGGAUGAACUCCUUCUUAGAGUAUGCAAUUUGUAACCGUGGGACGGGCGCCUACCACCAUUUAGAGCAGAGCUCCCCUUCCUUCCCCUCCUGCUCAGGUAGCCCCGCCAGUGACAGUUUUAACGGGGACGGGCGCUUCGGCGUGGGAGGCAGCGCGGCCGCCCCGCUGCCCCAGCAGAGCCCCGGCUUCCACCCGCCCUCCUCCGGGCGCCCCAUCCCCUUCGCGGGCGCUGCCCCAGCCGCCGGGUACCCGGCCCAGACCUGCAGCCCCGGCUACGAGCACCACCAGCUCUACCUCGGCCAGCAGGACGCGGAUGGGGUGUACUUCCAGGCGGCCGGGUACUCCUCCAGCGCGGGAUCCAACCUCGGCUCCCUGGCAGAAAGCUUCUGCGGGGCCGGGGCGGCUGGGCAGUACCCGCAGCAGCACCUUUACGGGCAGGAUCAGCCCAGCUACUUGCCCGGCGUUUAUGGUAACCUCUCGCCUUCUCCAAAUGAGGACAAAGACCCUGCCUGCCCCUCCGAGCCGUGCCCCGGCGCCGGCACCGCGCAGACCUUCGACUGGAUGAGGGUGAAGAGGAACCCGCCCAAGACAGCCAAAGUGUCGGAGUACGGACUGCUGGGCCAGCCCAACCCCAUCCGCACUAACUUCACUACCAAGCAGCUGACGGAGCUGGAGAAGGAGUUUCACUUCAACAAGUACCUCACCCGGGCCCGGCGGGUGGAGAUCGCUGCCACCCUGGAGCUCAACGAAACCCAGGUCAAGAUCUGGUUCCAGAACAGGCGAAUGAAGCAGAAGAAGAGGGAAAAGGAAGGUCUCGCCCCGGCUGCUGCCUCCAGGUCUGCCAAGGAAGCGAGUGAAGCCUCGGAUCAGUCCAACUGCACCUCACCUGAGGCCUCUCCCAGCUCGGGGUCCUCCUGA